CGAGCAGCCUUACGACCCCUACAUCCCCUCUGGCGCCAAUGGAGCCGGCGCCGGCGCCAGCGCCGCGCAAAAUGGCGAUCCCAGGACAAGGGAAAUCGACAAAGUAAGUUGCCGAAACGCCUCGCGGCCAACUCUUAUCGUACCACAAGGAUCUGUCGCCCAGGUUGGAUAGGAUGUGACGAUUUCCCAGUGCUCAUCUGGACUUCCAUCUGGGUUCAUCUACACUGGGCGGCCACCCCGGUCUUUUGGAUGUUAUUGAGCUUGUGUCUAUCAUGGCAUUUGUCGCAAAGCCCUUUACUAACACUGUGUUUCUUUCCUCUCUAGAAAAUCCAAGAGACCGUUGAUACGAUGCGCUCCAACAUCUUCAAAGUUUCAGAACGUGGUGAACGUCUAGACUCCCUCCAGGACAAGACGGACAAUUUGGCAACAUCAGCGCAGGGAUUCCGCAGAGGUGCCAACCGCGUGAGGAAGCAAAUGUGGUGGAAGGAUAUGAAGAUGCGCGUGUGCCUUAUCGUUUGUAUCAUUAUUCUGCUCAUUGUGAUUAUCGUCCCUGCAGGUAAGAUCAGCGCUGUUCUCCGGCACUCCACCCAGCUGGACCCGGUAAAGCAUCCCGGAGUGCGCUAACAGCUUUCUCUCCUUUUAGUUGUCGCAACCAAACAUUAAGCUACGAAUUCAGAGCGCGACAGUCAUGAUUGGCUUGGGAAUGGAUGACGAUUUUUC